AAUAAUCCAAAUCCAAACCCACAAAAUCUUGUUCAUACAAUUCUAAUGGAAAUUUCCUUUUCAAAAGAAUGUUACCAUGCAUACUUAUUAUAAUCAUCCAUCAUUUUUUUUAGAGAGAAUUAUAGUCACCCAUUCAUUACUAUAUAUAAAUACGAAGUCUAUAUAAAUCUGAAUUUACAUUCCCCCAAAAAGAUGAAAAAAAGAAAAAUGAAAAAGAAAAGAACAAGUGCAAGCUACGGCAGGAUGGCCCACCAGCAACUGCAAGCAAAGAAGUUAGUUCAGGCAGAGAUUGAAUUCGAAAGCUCCUCUUCAUCUUCUUCUACUUGCCUCUCACACCCUCACACUUCACCAACUGCAUCAAUUUACACCAACAACAUCCGCUGCUUCAAUCACAAGCCAAAAAUUCUCAACAAUUUCUCUUCUUCUUCUUGUUCCAGCACAUGGGAGCGUUUCAAGAACCUCUGCUUGGCUUCUCUAAUUCCUCUCAUGGACUCCUCACUUAACCUCCCCUUUGAAUUUAAAAAGAACAAGUACGCCAACACUGGGCUGCAAAACAGAGAUGAACUCGAAAGAGAGGUAUCUGUGCUGAAGAAAAUGCUGGCUCACGAACACAAAGUGCAUGAGUAUCUGGAACACCUCCAUCAUCGCCAGGAUGGCUCUGCUCUUACCAUUCCCAAUUUCCUCCCACCAAAAAUGAAGGAGAUACUAGCUGAGCUAGCAAUGGUGGAGAACGAGAUCACACGUCUCGAGAGCCAGAUCAACCAGCUUCGACAUCAAGUGAAGCGAGAAAAAGAAGGCAACAUGGAGAGAAAGUACAAAGAAUGGUCACUUCCACCAAGACGGCUUAAUGAUGAGAAGGAGAAGGUGGCGUUUGAGACGAAGGCGCUCCAUUUCAUCAGCAAGGCCAUCAAAGGAGACUACCACCUAACCAACAACAGCAAUCACUCCAAGAGAUCUGCUCUGCUUAAGCCCCCUUCUCCUUCUCCACUCAGAGACACAACUAGCUAUAGGCAUCCUACUCCUACUCCAAGGAGAGAUCGCGUUCUUGAUGUUCCAUCUGAAUACCCAGCCAAAGUGCUCUCAACUCCAUUGCACACCGAGGAAGAAAGCAUCCAUCGUUGGCCACCUAACAAGCUGUCCGAGAACAUAAUGAAGUGCCUCAUCUUCAUCUACGUCAGACUGCUGCGAACUUCUAGAGUGAUGGAGCUCGAGAAGUCCGGCUCCAUUGCUCGUUCCACAAACUUCUCUCUCAGCUUUAGGGCAGAGACCAACUCAAACUCCAAGACAAGCCUAAUGCUGCACAAGGACUCCAGGCAGCAAGAUCCUUAUGGAAUCUUCCACUCCGAGGCCUCCAUACCCAGGGAUGUUGGCCCUUACAAGAACUUGGUUAGAUUCACAUCCACCUCCAUGGACUUGAAAUGCAUCCACAAUUCUAGCUCUGUCCCUUUGUUUCAGAAAUUGAAGGUGCUGAUGGAUGGGCUUCAGAAGGUGGAUUUGAGGUUCUUGAGUCAUCAACAGAAGCUGGCGUUUUGGAUCAACAUGUACAAUGCUUGUAUUAUGCAUGGAUAUCUGCAGUAUGGAGUUCCAUCUGUUCUCAACCAUGAGAGCCUGCAAGGACUAAUCAACAAGGCGACUCUCAACAUAGCUGGAAACACAAUCAACGCUCAGGAAAUCGAGCAUUUCAUCUUGAGAAAGCCCCAAGAUUCACUCAUCAAGGAGAUUGUUGGCAAGGACAAGGAGAGCAAAGAGAUGAUCUUGGGCGAGCUCUACGGCCUCGAAACGCCCGAUCCAAACAUCAUCUUCGCCUUGUGCUGCGGCACGCGCUCUUCUCCGGCAGUUAAGAUAUAUACGGCGGAGGGAGUGACGGUGGAGCUGGAGCGGUCAAAACUGGAAUAUCUGCAGGCGGCGAUAAUGGUGAGCGGCGCGAAGAAGAUCGCUCUGCCGGAACUUCUGCUGGCGAACAUGAACGACUUCGCCGCCGACAAGGAAUCUUUGAUGGAGUGGGUGUGCCAGCAGCUGCCGACGUCGGGAUCUUUGAGGAAAUCGAUCGUCGAUUGUUUCAGAGGCGGCCAUGGCGGGAAGGGGUCGACGGCCGUUGUGGAGAAGAUAGCUUAUGAAUUUGAGUUUCAGUAUUUGUUGGUUAUAUGAUACUUAUAUAUAUAACCAACUCCCUCUUGUAAAUAGUGUUUGAUUUUGUUCUGUGAUUAGUGAUUAGAAAUAUAUUAUGUGUAGUGUUGAUUAGUAGUGGUGUAAGAAUUGUCAGAUGAGACGCUAUU